GAGCGCAUUUUGUGUGAAUGGUUAAAAGAAGCAAAAACGCGAGCAACGCGACGAAUGUAAAUUAUAAAUAACAAUAAUUUAGUGAUAAGUUGAUAGUUGGUGCCAUAUAUGCAAAGUGAUGACGGCACAUGAAAACGAGGUCCAGCUUUUCAACCGGGGUGAGAAAGUCCUGUGCUACGAGCCCGACGAAUCGAAGGCUAGGGUCUUGUACGACAGCAAGGUUUUGGCCGUGUACGAGCGAAAGGACGCUGCAAAUCUACGCUACUUUGAUUACAAAAUCCAUUUUCAAGGCUGGAACUCAUCCUGGGAUCGAAAUGUUCGUGCCGCCAGUCUGUUAAAAGACAACGAAGAAAAUCGCAAAUUGCAGCGUGAGCUGGCAGAAGCCGCACAGCUACAAAAAACUGGCGGCUACUCGUACAAAGACUCUAAGACUCCGACGUUGCCAUCCAGCAAGAAGAAGCGCUUGGCCAGAGGUGGACACGUAGAAGAUCCCACAGCCGAUCCCCUAGACAUAUCGCUGGCACAUUUGCCGGCGACACCAAAACCCGAACUGCCGGCACAACAGAAGAGAGGCGCCCGCUCGCGGGAUGGCAGUGGCAAUCGGUCGCGGGAUGGUAGUGGCAAUCGGUCGCGGGAUGGCAGUGGCAACCGGUCGCGGGACAACAGUAGCGGCCGCAAAAAGCAGCGCGACAAGUCGAAAGGCGGUGAUAAAAACGAUGAUGGUGAGCGAAGAUCUGCUAGAUCUCAGUUUAGCCUGCAUGUCUCACCUAAAGAUACGCACACAACUGAUGCAGAAAAACGGAUCCAUCAGGAGGACCGUGUGAUGCUGCGCAUCAGCGAGCGGCUGCGCGAAUACAUGGAAUACGACUACAACAUGGUCUGCAAGCUUGAAAAGCAGCACGCAUUGCCCGCUCGCACGCCCAUUGUGACCAUAUUGGAGAACUUUGUGAAGCAGCGCGCCGUCGAGCUGGCCAUUGGCAUCAAGCAGGACAGUUCUCGAGCCCGCAACACUCUGAGCCGUAAUGCGCGUAUGGAGCGUGAGUACGAUCGUGUGAUGUCCAUCGUGUGCAUGCUGAAGGAAGUCGUGGAUGGGUUACGCAUCUACUUUGAGUUCCACCUCGAGGACCAUCUGCUAUACAGAGAGGAAAAGGAUUAUGCCUUGGGCUUCCUCACCGACAACAACAUGAAGAACUGCAGCCUGCUAUUAAACAAAUCCUACGAAUUCAUUAAUCCCAGCGGUGAUAAUGAGCUCAUAUCCAUGGCUGGUAAUGUAAAUGGCACAAAUGGAGUCGACGGCCCUCUACUUGGCGACAUCGAGUACGAGAAUCAGCUGCAAAAGUGCCUUCGAUACAUUGAGAAAAAUAGCGCAAAGAAUAAUAUUGCACUAGCCUAUACCGCCGCCUACAAGCUGCCCAUGGAAAUGCGCGGCUUUCUCCGCGAGACCUUCAGCUGGAGUCUGCUGUCCGAGGAAUCGCCGCCGGAGAAAUCUAUAAUAUUUGGAGCACCGCACUUGGCGCGCAUGUUAGUAUUAUUACCCGAAUGUCUCAAUGCCUCGCCCAUAUCAAAUGAGAAACUGGUGGAUCUGCUGCCACAUCUCGACUCGUUCAUUAACUACCUGGAGAACCAUAAGGAAUGGUUUGACAAACAGAACUAUGUGGAUCCUUUGAUAGACCAGGGAGAGAAUUAUCUGUUUAAGAAUUUUAAGGAACUUAGAUCUCCGCUAAGCUGUAGAAAAUAGUUGCACCACCAGGUAUAUCUUCAAUGCUGAUUCAAACUUAAUUUCGUAUAAUUUAAAUUUUAGACAGCAAUAAGAGGCAGAAGGCAGCAUAUCCAACCCCAUAAAGAAUAUACAUUCUCAAUCAGCUUCAAUAGUCGAGUCGAUUUAGCUAUGUCCGUCCGUCUAUACGCCUGCCCGUCCGUCUAUACGCCUGCUCGUCCGUCUAUACGCCUGCCCGUCCGUCUAUACGCCUGCUCGUCCGUCUUUACGCCUGCUCGUCCGUCUGUACGCCUGCCCAUCCGUCUAUCCGCUAGCCCGCGUCUUUGUCCGUAUGUAUUAACGCGUCGGUCUCAAAAUCCGCGCUGUAUCAUUUUUUGAUUAGUUGUCGCGUUGCCCAAGAAAUUGAUAUCGAAAUCCUAAUUUUGUUGAGCUAACAGAAUUUGAUACGUAGAUUCUAGAAUAGUGUAUACAGAUCAAGUAUAUGUAUAGAGUUUUCCUUUUUAAAUUUACUUUUAAAAAGUUUAAAGCAAACGAGCUCGUAGCGCGAGCCAAUGGUUCAGGGUAUUCCUUAGUCGGGAACUGCCGGCUAGAGUCUCUCACUUGUUUUAUUUUGUUUUAAUUUAUUUAUUAUGCAUUUUAAAGCUUGAUUUUUUAUUUAAGAAUUGUAGUUUGUCAUUUUUUUUUAUCAGUACCAAUAUCAAUACAUAUAUCAAUUAUGA